AUGCCGCCCCCGGCCCCUCCGCCCCCCGCCCGGCCCGGCCAAGCUUUCACCAUCGCAGCGCUGCUGGGACGCUCUUCGCCCCCCCCGGCACCUCCACCACCACCGACCCCUUCGCUGCCACCUCUGCCGCAUUGGGGGGCACCUCCCGGGCCGCUCUGCGCUGCGUGCUGCGGACCCCCGCCCGCCUGGGCUGCUCGCCUCGGGGCCACAGGCUUCCUGCUCUCCAAGUGCUGCUUCCCCAUCUUCAAAACCAAAGCUGGCAAAGCCAAACGGGUGCGCACCAUCUUCACCAGUGACCAACUGGCACGGCUGGAGAAGGAGUUUGCCCGGCAGCAGUACAUGGUGGGCACGGAGAGGUGCCUGCUUGCCUCUGCACUGCACCUCACUGAGGAGCAGGUGAAAGUCUGGUUCCAAAACCGAAGAAUUAAGUGGAGAAAACAAAGCCUGGAACAGCAGCAAGCCAAAUUGGCCAAGAUGGGCCUGGCCACCUCACAGAGGAGCCCUGACUCCCAGAGCCACCGUGGUGACGAGGACAAGGACUGCCCAAUGGGGACUGAGGGCAUCCAGGAGGACACAGGCUCAGCCCUGGGCUCGGGGGCUGCACCUCCCUCUGCACAGACUGUGGCAAAGUGCUGCUGAGCUGCCAGGGCUGCUUAUUUGUAUUUUUAUUUUCUGUGUAUUAUAUGUGAAUGUAUCAUAGCUGGCAAUGAGGGUAUCUAAUAUAUACAGGGCUUCGAUUAUUUUUGCAGUGCGAAAAUAAAUUAUUUAUGCGACUCUUGGUUUAGAGGAAAGCCCAGGUCUUAAUGUUGUCCCUCUGUCUCACGGCCUGUUUGUCUGUCCUUUAAUUCCUGGGUGGGAGAAAAGGCAGCGCAAGGAGAGGGGGAGACGAUGGAUGGAGAAGGGACAACGUAGGGAGGACGAAGGAAAAAAGAGAGGAUGGAUGGAGAUGUGAUGGAAGCUGCCCUUUGUUUCUUCUGUUUUCCAGGGCCAGGAUUAGCCAGGCUCUUCUCAAAGAGCCCAAACUGUGCUAAUAAUGUCUUCCCAUGUCUGACAGAGCCCCAAGUGCCAGCGGGUUUAAGCACUAAUCUCGCAUACCGCUGGGUUUAUUGCAAUCAUCCCUGAGACAACGGGGUUUAUGGGGAUGUUUUGAUAUCGCUCGGCUGGGGGCUGAGCUGAUUGAGGGGGUUACUCAGGCCACCUUUAAUCCCCAGGAGCUGGAGAUGCUCUGUGUUGGGGUUCCUGAGCCAGGAGAUGCUCUGCAGCUCCAAAAGAGGAGUAGCUGUAAUGAAAAUG